CUGGCCCCGUGAUCCGAGCUGGUGGCUGCGCUGGCGCUGGAGGCAAAAAUGAAGCAGAAACGAAAAGGUGAUGUCAGCCCUGCGGAGUUGAUGAUGCGGACCAUCGGCGACGUCAUCCAGCAACUGAUUGAGGCCCAGGAGCAGGGCAAGGACAUUGAUCUCAACAAGGUGAAGACCAGGACGGCUGCCAAGUAUGGGCUCUCAGCACAGCCGCGCCUGGUGGACAUCAUUGCUGCUGUCCCGCCGCAGUACCGGAAGGUCUUAGUCCCCAAGCUCAAGGCAAAGCCCAUCAGAACAGCCAGCGGGAUUGCUGUUGUGGCCGUGAUGUGCAAACCCCACCGAUGUCCACACAUCAGCUUCACGGGAAAUAUAUGCGUGUACUGCCCCGGCGGACCCGAUUCUGACUUCGAGUAUUCCACCCAGUCAUACACUGGCUACGAGCCUACUUCCAUGCGAGCAAUCCGUGCCCGAUACGACCCUUUCCUGCAGACCAGACACCGCCUAGAACAGCUGACGCAGCUCGGCCACAGCGUGGACAAAGUGGAGUUUAUUGUGAUGGGUGGAACGUUUAUGGCUCUCCCUGAAGAAUACAGAGAUCAUUUCAUCCGGAACUUACAUGAUGCUUUGUCCGGACACACAUCCAACAACGUCCAUGAGGCUGUCAAAUACUCGGAGAGGAGCCGCACGAAGUGUGUGGGCAUCACCAUCGAGACACGGCCUGACUACUGCAUGAAGCGGCAUCUCAGCGACAUGCUCACCUAUGGCUGCACCAGGCUGGAGAUCGGGGUGCAGAGUGUCUACGAGGACGUGGCCAGAGACACCAAUCGGGGUCACACCGUGAAGGCUGUGUGCGAGUCUUUCCACCUGGCCAAAGACGCGGGCUUUAAAGUGGUAGCCCACAUGAUGCCAGAUUUGCCCAAUGUGGGGCUGGAGAGGGACAUGGAACAGUUUACGGAAUUCUUCGAGAACCCCGCUUUUCGUCCUGAUGGGCUGAAGCUCUACCCCACACUGGUGAUCCGAGGCACAGGGCUGUACGAACUGUGGAAGUCAGGCCGGUACCAGAGCUACUCGCCCAGCGACCUGGUGGAGCUGGUGGCUCGCAUCCUGGCACUCGUGCCCCCAUGGACACGCGUGUACCGCGUGCAGAGGGACAUCCCAAUGCCCUUGGUCACCUCGGGAGUGGAGCACGGGAACGUGAGGGAGUUGGCAUUUGCACGGAUGAAGGAUCUCGGGAUUGAGUGUCGAGACGUGAGAACCAGAGAGGUUGGAAUCCAGGAAAUUCACCACAAAGUCCGGCCCUACCAGGUGGAGCUGGUCCGCCGGGACUACGUGGCCAGUGGCGGCUGGGAGACCUUCCUGUCCUACGAGGACCCUGAGCAGGACAUCCUCGUGGGCCUGCUGCGGCUUCGGCGCUGCUCGGACGAGACCUUCCGCUUCGAGCUGGUGGGCGGUGUGUCCAUUGUGCGGGAGCUGCAUGUGUAUGGCAGCGUUGUGCCCGUCAGCAGCCGCGACCCCGCCAAGUUCCAGCACCAGGGCUUCGGCAUGCUGCUGAUGGAGGAGGCAGAGCGGAUCGCACGGGACGAGCAUGGCUCUGGCAAGAUCGCCGUCAUAUCAGGGGUCGGCACCCGGAAUUACUACAGGAAACUGGGUUACCGGCUGCAGGGGCCCUACAUGGUGAAGAUGCUGAAGUGACAGUCGGGGGCAGCGGGGUCAUCCAGGCACUGAACCUCCUCUCAUCCUGGCAGCCACCGAUGUCCCCCAUGUCCCCCAUGUGCCCCCUCACUCAUCAGUUCUGCACCCUGACCCUGCUCAGUGUCACCUGCAGAGGAGGCCAGGUGGGGCCUGUAGGGUUCGGCUGGAUGCUCACGGAGGCCCCGAACCCUGAAUGUGCUCAGGAGCCCUGGGAGGAAGUGAGUUCUGGGGUUCCCAGGCUCUUCUGCUUCCCUAAGGGGAAAAUUCCAAGCAACAGAAUUGGAAUAGGCACUGAGGGGACCAUUUGGGUUUCGGUUUCGGUGCCUCUACCUUGUGCAAUGGGUGUGGGGUCACCCCGAGUCAGGACUGCAGACACUGCCCAGCAUCUGGGUCCUAGGAGGUGAUUUUUGGUUUGUUCCAGUGGAAAGGGGAAAAUCCAGUGAAAACAGAGAGGGGAUGAGCUCAGGAGAUAGGGGCCCCUCACAAGUGACCCAGGCACCCCAACUCAGGCCUGUGCAGAGGUGGGGAGGAAACCAAACCCACCCAGGCUUGGGAUGGAUGGGGCUGAGUUUGAAUAAUAAAGCCUUUCCAGGACCA